UUUCGUUUUUCAUGUCGUGUUUGGCGCCUCUGGUGGCGCGAUGGGCCGCAAGCUCCGCCGCUGGAAGCAAGCGCCUGGCGGAAGUAGCGUCUUUGAAUCCCGGUGUUUCUAGGGUCGUCUUGAAGAAGGGCAAGGCGCAGAUCUUCGUCACUGGCAAUCCCAUGGUGUUUAGCGGCGCCAUCGAUCGGAUUAUCGGCCGGCCUCCUCCCAAGACGGGGGAUCUCGUGCUUGUCACGAAUGGCGCCGAAGAGCCUAUCGCUUGGGGAGUCUACAAUGCGGUCUCUAUGUUUCGGGUUCGUGUGUUACAAACCCAAGACGAAGCUGCAAGAGAUCCACACUCCAACUUUGAUAUUGAGAAGCUUAUCGAGACUAGAUUGUCUGGAGCUCUUGCGCUUCGAAAAGCUUUGGGCCUUCCUUCCAGUGAAACAAAUGUUUAUCGGCUUGUCAACAGUGAAGGUGAUAGGCUUUCGGGACUUGUGGUGGAUGUCUUUGACAAGCAUAUAGUUGUGGCAUCGUCUGCUGCGUGGGUCGAAAAAUACAAGACGAACAUAGAGGAAACUCUCAAGAGAUUAGUCGGGACGAAACUUCUGACUUGGAGGCCAUCUGUGGAGCUGCUGAAGGAAGAAGGCUUCGAAUGCGUGAUUGAAUCAGAAGAAAGGCCCGAAGAAGUUCACGUAAGUUCUCUUAUUCAUUUGUUUAUUGAGGGAUUUAGUGACGGAUUUUUCAGUGAUACGAGCUUGUGCUGCCAGGUGCUUGAAAACGGUAUUGCUUAUCAAGUCUCUUUGGGGGGACAAAAGACUGGAUUUUACGUCGAUCAGCGAGAUAAUCGGCUGGCACUCAGGUCCUUUUGCAAAGAUAAAACCAUUUUGGAUCUUUGCUGCUACACUGGUGCCUUUGCGCUCAACGCAGCCAUCACAGGAGCUUCUCGAGUCAUUGGCGUUGACUCCUCGAAGUCUGCUAUAGACCUUGCGGACGCAAACAUCUCUCUCAACAACAUAGAUCCACAAGUGAUUACGUUUGAGAAGGCGGACAUUGUUCAGUACAUGAAAGCCGCGCUGUCAAAAGGAGAAACCUGGGACGUGGUUGUGCUUGAUCCUCCAAAGCUGGCACCGAGCCGCAAGUUUCUCGAGAAAGCUGCGAUCAAAUACCGCAACCUAAACGCAAUGGCGAUGCAAUUAACCAAACCUGGUGGAUUGCUAAUGACUUGCUCGUGCUCUGGCGCUGUGGCACAAAGCCAGAACUUCUUAUCGAUCAUCCAGGAGGCUGCGAGAGCCGCUGGAAGAAAAGCCGCAUUGCUUCGUGUUUCUGGAGCUGGACCAGACCACCCGAUUGAUCUGGCAUAUCCAGAGGGCUCAUAUUUAACAAAUUGCCUUCUCCGAGUAAUAUAACGCCAUGUGUCUCCUAAAUCUUGGGCGUUAAACCCUUUGAUGCGAA